AUGGCGCCCUUGAUCGAGAAGUUUCUGGCCUUGGCUCCACAAUGGAACUCCAAGAUGCAGGAUGCGACCCAGGUUUAUGAUGAAUGCGCUUUGAUGAUUCUUGUCAGUCUCCUUCUGGUGCUCGUGGUCAUGUGUGUCAUGACACCAUUCUUCUAUCUCUGGCGCCGCAGCUAUGCACGACACCCCGAGCAUAAGGAAUGCAUUUGGUGCGAGCUCGAGGAGAAGUCCGAAUACCCAGGCGUGAAGGAGGAUGAAUCGGACAGCUGGGGAGGCUUCGUUUACCUCUAUCAUGCUGCUCUUACCCUGUGA